AUGGUGCGGCUGACGGCAGCAUCCGGUUCAUCCGCUGCCAGCGACAGUGACGACGAAGAGGAGGAGGAGGAGGAGGAGGACGAUGAGGACUACUCGGCCAGUCUUAAUGCGAUCAUCCAGCGGAAAGCAAGUGUUAAGAAGAAGCGCGGCUACAAGGGUGGCCGCCGUACCUCCAGUCCGAUCAGCCAGAUGAUGGGAUUCCCGCCGGGUGGUACCGGGAUGGAUGGCGCAGGAGCACCGUCGGGUCAGGGGCGUCGUCGGUCGAGCGCCUACACGACCAGCUCGGUCGAGACGGGCAUGACGCUGCCGGAGGAUUCGAUUGGUCGUGGUGAGGAGCGUAGUGGUGGUGGUGGAGGACAGCGGCAGGAAAAACUAUUCGAGACGAUUCGGUUGCACAAAGAGGUACUGCAGACGGUGAAGCUGCAACCGAUCAGUAUGAAGCGGAAGCUACGCCUGGUACAGCAGGCCAAAAGCUACAUCACGCGGCACGAAGGGGCAUUGCAGGAGCACUUCACUUCGCGUACCGCCCGGAGCCUGAUGGCUCAGUUCAGCAUCUUCCUCAACACGAAAUGGCAGCAACUGCUGCGCGAAUUAGCUAACUUGGCUACCUAUCUGAUACCGUGGGAGUCACGGAUUAAGGAGAUCGAAUCACGGUUCGGUUCGGUCGUCGCCUCGUACUUUACGUUUCUGCGUUGGCUGUUUUCCGUCAACAUCGUCAUCUCGGUGCUGCUGCUCGUGUUCAUUAUGGUACCGGAGGAGAUCUACAUUAACGCGGAUAUGGCCACGUGUGAUAUCCGCAAGACGAUGUCACCGCAGGAGCGUGCGCUGACGCGCAACUUUAGCACGAUCUGGGAGUUCGAGGGACCACUGAAAUACUCCAUCCUGUUCUAUGGGUACUACUCUAACUUUUCCGGUGCCAUCAGCUGGGGCUACAACCUGCCGCUGGCGUAUUUCAUCACCGGUCUGGUCGUCUACAUCUACAGCUUUGUCGCGACGUUGAAAAAGAUGGCGGAGAACUCGCGAAUGUCGAAGCUCUCCUCGAAGGACGACGAGUACGUGUUCUCGUGGAAGCUGUUUACGGGCUGGGACUACAUGAUUGGUCACCUGGAGACGGCACAGAACCGUAUGGCGUCCAUCAUACUGGGCUUCAAAGAGGCGCUGCUCGAGGAAGCCGAGAAGAAGAAGGAUACACAGAACUGGAAGAUCAUUCUGUUGCGGAUUUUGGUGAACCUGCUCAUCCUCGGUCUGCUGGUGAUAUCGGCUUACGUGGUCAUACUCGUGGUGAAGCGCUCGAUGGACAUCAAGGAUACGGAUUCGUGGUGGCGACGGAACGAAACCACCGUCGUCAUGUCGCUGAUCUCUUUUUUCUUUCCGAUGAUCUUCGAAGCGCUCGGCAUCAUGGAGUACUACCAUCCGCGGAAGCAACUCCGCAUUCAGCUCGCCCGCAUCAUGGUGCUGAAUAUGCUGAACCUGUACUCGCUCAUCUUCGCGCUGUUUGACAAGAUUUCCCACAUGACGGAUGAGCUGCGACGGAUUAGACCGGCCAACUUUACCGCCUCGGACCGCUGCUUUGUGCCGGAAACGAAUGCAAAGUGGGCGAUGACGUACGAAGGGGGGUUGGAGGCCAAGAACGAUAGCAAGUACCACAACGCCGACAUCCGCUCGCUGUGCUGGGAGACCAUGUUUGGCCAGGAGUUGGCUAAGCUGACGGUGAUGGAUCUGCUCGUGACGAUUAUAUCUACGCUGAUUUUGGAUUUUGUAAGAGCACUAUUCGUACGCUACAUGAACAACUGUUGGUGCUGGGAUUUGGAGAAAAAGUUUCCAAAGUACGGGGACUUUAAGAUAGCGGAAAACAUCCUGCAUCUCGUCAACAACCAGGGCAUGGUGUGGAUGGGCAUGUUCUUCUCGCCCGGCCUGGCCGUCCUCAACAUCGCCAAACUGGUGAUCAUCCUCUAUCUACGCUCGUGGACCGUACUGACCUGUAACGUACCGCACGAGGUCGUCUUCCGGGCGUCCCGCUCGAACAACUUCUACUUUGCGCUGCUGCUGACGAUGCUGUUCCUUUGCGUCCUACCGGUGAGCUACGCGAUCGUCUUUCUCGAACCCUCCUGGCACUGUGGACCGUUCUCCAGCUCGAGCCGGAUCUACCAUCUGCUGACGAAAACCACCGAUGAGUACAUCCCGGCAGUGAUCACCAAGUAUAUCGUCUCACCGGCGGCCAUCAUACCGCUGCUCGUGCUGCUGAUACUGAUCAUCUACUACCUCAUCUCGCUGACCGGUUCGCUGCGUGAGGCAAACCAGGACCUGAAGCUUCAGCUCCGGAAGGAGCGUACCGAGGAGCGCAGGAAAAUGUUUAAAAUCGCCACCACCGUCACCCAGCAGCAACAGCAGGGUCAGUCCGGUCAGGGCCAGACCGUCGGCAUCAAUGGGCUAUCGAACUCGUGGAACAAGGUACUGGACUCUACGCAGCUGCGCCUGCAGUCGACCUCGGAAAACGUGACCGAUGACAACUCGGAGCACUCGUCCAGCAAGCACAAGGAGCUGCUGCAGCGUAUGAUGAAGAAGGCGCUUUCGAAGGAGCACUCGCUGGAGGUGCUAAGCCCCUCGACUCAACCACCAAGUGACACUGCCACACCGACCUUGUACUCGCCCGAAUCUGCGCUUCCGCUGGUGGCGACCGAGAAUGAGAAGCGCACAAGCGCAGGAGGUCCUAAACCACCGAAACCCCUCGAAAGUAGGGAAUCCGGCGAUGUGUUCCGGUUUGAUCGUCGCGCCGUUGAGCAAAUCAAUGCCGCCGAGAAAAAGAAGGAAGAGAAGGAGGAGGAGCAGAAGCAGGAAAAGGAUGCGGAAGAGGGUGCGCAGAGGAAAAAGUUCGAACGGAACCGACCAUCGUCGGCGGAUCGGUUCCGGGCGGCCGCACUAGCGGAACGGCGCCGCACGCAGAGCGGCAAGACGGCGGACUGGCUCGAGAAGAUCCCCAUCAUCACGAUCAGCAAAACGUCGAGCGAUGAGUGCAUCAUCGAUUCGGACGACCCGGAAGAAGGCAUACAGGCGAGACGGCAGGAGCACCUGGUGCUUGCCAAUCUGCGCGAUGAGCGAUCCACCUCCAAACGGUCGACCACGACGAUGAAGUAG